CACCUCCUGGCAUUGAGACUUCGAUGUCCGCUGAAGGUGACGAUUUUACAGAAGAAUUAAUUAAAGUUAGCAAAAAGGUUUACGAGAAGGAGGAACUGUUGAAAGAAAGAGAACGCGAACUGAGUACUUCAGUAGAACGAUGUGCCCGGUUAGAAGAGGAGAACCAUAAAAUGGGAGAAGAGUUAUGGCUUGCAAAGGAACGUGUAGCCAGGCAGGAUGGGGAACUCGGUGACUUGCAUGGUCAACUUAAUUGGGAAAGAGGAGAGUGUCAGCGUCUUAGGGAUCAAAUGGAAGAAGAGAAACGAAGGUUAAAUGAGACUGGCGGUGUUGAUUACUCAAAAUUUGAAGCCUUGAAGAACCAAAUGAGGGAACAGGAGCGAAAGUUACUGGAGGAAAAGAGCGUGGUUGAGUGGCACCUUGGGGAAGUCAAACAGUGGUGGAAUGAUGCGAAGUGGAGGUGUGGCGAGUUGGAAGCGGGCUUGAGUCAUCAUCAGUGGAUGCUGGAUCAAGCUAACAAGAAGGCCUAUGAGUUAGAAGAAGAACUAAACAGAUUGCGACAUUUCCGUGAUCUGGCUAAAGAUAAAUUGUGUGGGACUUUCUUGAUAAAGAAGCAAGCUGUUGGUGAAAGAACAAAGUGGCGGCUAGCUAUGUGGACGGAUGAUUCACCGGUGGAUCUUCAAGAAUAUAGACGAGUGUGGUUCGAAAUAGCCGCUCCAAAUGCUAAAGUGGUUUUGUUAUCGGCGAGCUUUGUGAAUUGGGAAUGUUCGCUGACGUGCGACAAGUUCGAUGAAGAUCAGUGCAAAUUUGGCGUCUGGGUGGAUAUACCACCGGGACGUUAUGAAUUUUGUUUUGUAGUUGACGGCCAAUGGACUACUUGCGACCAAUACCCUACCGUGACAAACGAGUUUGGGUCACGGAACAACUGGAGAUAUAUAAACUGAAU